CCGACUGGGCGUGGCCUUCGGGCGCGGCGGUUGGUCUGGGCGGAACCUUCGCGCGCAGCGAGGCGGGCUCUGGGGGAAGACUUUGCGUGGCGCCACGGCGCGCCCCUGAGGAGCCGCGGCUGAGGCGGCUGAAGAGGCUGAGGCAGCUGAGGAGCCUGAGGCGGCUGAGGCGGCUGAGCUGAGGCUGAGGCGGCGGCUGAGGCGGCUGAGGGCGGCGGUGCCUCGGGCUCUCGCUCCCGUCCCGCUCGCGUCCCCCCGGCCCCCGGCCCUGCUCCCCUCAGCCCGCCGAGGCGCGAGGCCCGCAGGAUUCCCAGAUGGAUUCUGUGGAAAAGACAGCACAUCGAAGCGAGCAGAAAUCAAGUAGAAAGUUUUUAAAAAGCCUCAUUCGGAAGCAGCCCCAGGAGCUGCUGCUGGUCAUCGGGACAGGAGUGAGCGCAGCGGUGGCCCCCGGGAUCCCUGCCCUGUGCUCCUGGCGCAGCUGCAUUGAGGCGGUCAUCGAGGCGGCAGAGCAGUUGGAGGUGCUGCACCCCGGGGACAUCGCUGAGUUCCGCAGGAAGGUGACCAAGGACCGGGACCUGCUGGUGGUGGCCCACGACCUCAUCCGGAAGAUGUCCCCUCGCACGGGCGACACCAAGCCCAACUUCUUCCAGGACUGCCUGAUGGAGGUGUUCGACAGCCUCGAGCAGCACAUCCAGAACCCCCUGGUGCUGCAGUCCAUCCUGAGCCUGAUGGAGCGCGGCACGCUGGUGCUCACCACCAACUACGACAACCUGCUUGAGCUCUUCGGGCAGCAGCAGAACCGGCCCAUGCAGUCUCUGGACCUGAAGGACAAGACCAAGGUCCUGCAGUGGGCACGCGGGCACGUCCGCUACGGAGUUCUUCACAUCCACGGCUUGUACACGGACCCCUGCGGCUUGGUCCUGGAUCCCUCAGGCUACAAAGAUGUGACUCAAGACCCAGAAGUCAUGGAGGUCCUGCAGGGCCUGUACCGCACCAAGUCCUUCCUGUUUGUGGGCUGCGGGGAGACGCUCCGAGACCAGAUCUUCCAGGCGCUCUUCCUCUACUCGGUGCCCGACAAGGUGGACCUGGAACACUACAUGCUGGUGCUCAAGGAGGACGAGGACCACUUCUUCAAGCACCAGGCGGACAUGCUUCUGCAUGGCAUCAAAGUCGUGUCCUACGGGGACUGUUUCGACUACUUCCCAGGCUACGUGCAGGACCUGGCCACUCAGAUCUGCAGACAGCGAAGUCCAGAUGCCGAUCGAGUGGACAGCACCACGCUGCUGGGUAACGCCUGUCAGGACUGUGCAAAGAGGAAGUCGGAAGAGAACGGCUUGGAAGGCUCCAAGAAGACCCGGCAGUCAGCUCCGGAUGAUGCUGGAGGGUCUUGAAGUCCCCAAAACUACCAAUAAAACCUGCAACUUGAAAAACCAGCCUUCUGUAACCGCAGUGCCACACCCAACGAUGAGGAAUGUUCCGAGAACUCCCCACGGGAUCUCCGUUAAACAUCACAGACCCCCAAAGAGCCCUGUGUGCUGUGGCCCUUGGGCUGGGCAGGAGCGUCCCCAGGCGGGCUGCACCGGGGAGGCUGCGCGCACACUUCAGGUACGCUCCGUGCGGACUCAUGCACUGCUACCUCAGGACCACCAUGGGGAGGGCGCUGUGCUUCCUGGUCCACGGACACCCCCCACAGGGCUUCCUGGCGAAGCAGGUGAAGACUGUCUCAGCAACAGUAGUUGCCAAAGAAAAUAAGACACGUCCUACAGUGUCUGUGGAAACCUGUUACGGUAGGGACCGUUCUGAGCGUUGGCUCUGCUGUUAAACGGAGUCUCCAGACAGGACUGUGGCCGGUCGUGCAGUCCCCCUCCAGAGACCCCGCCAGUCAGCCUGACUGUGGCCUCCCGGAGGCCUUUUCCUAGCGCAGGAGGGUGUGGAGCUGGCGAUGAAGUGGGGCGCAGGACCAGGCUUUCCCCCAUAGUGCGCUUGCCAGCCUCGUCCUACCUCAGCCCUUCUCCGGCCCACAGCAGGGGAGAUGCACAGCGGGAGGCUGGCCCAGCCUGGAAGGACCUGCCACGCCUCAGGUGGCUUCCAGGGCUGGCGGGCUUUGGGCAUGCGCAGAGGUGGCCUCUAUUGGCUGCAUCCCCUCGUAGCACACUGGGCACUGGGGCUUCCCACAGCUGGAAAAAGUUGAGGAGGGUGUGCGGGCAGCGGGCAGCCACAGACCUGCUUAGACCUUGUUCUCCUUUUCCUUUUGGACGCAUGAAAACAAUCCCUCUAUGUUACCUGGUCAUAAAUAAAACUUUAAUUUCUGC